UCGAGCGAGCCGAUCGAGCUCCGAGCAAGAAGCUCUAUCUUCUCCUCUCCUUGUCAACCUAGCUAGUAGCUAGGUAAGUUACCUCGAUCGUGCAGGCGAUGGCAACGCCGGCAGGAGGACGGCCGUCGCAGCCGCAGCCGCAGGCGCAGCAGCUGUCGGUGGAUUUCGAGGCGCUGAGCUACAUCAGCAGCCUCGUGGAGGCGUUCCAGGCGUUCGACUCCGACAACGACGGCCUCGUCACGGCGCCGGAGCUGAGGGGCCUCCUGGCGUCGCUCGGCCUCGACAAGCCGGAGCACGAGGUGCGCGACAUGCUGGCGCGCGCCGACGCCGACCGCGACGGGAAGCUCAGCGUGGAGGAGCUCCUGGACGUGAUGAACGCCGGGCAGCUCGGCCUGGGCGCGCUCGGCGCGCUGCUGCAGUCCGCCGUGCCGGCGCUCGAGUCCGCGGCGGGGCCCGACGGCGUCCUCGGCGCCGAUGAGCUCGCCAGGCUGCUCAGCGUCAUGGGCACCGCCAGCGUUGAGGACUGCAUGGAGAUCAUCGCCUGCAUGGACGGCGACGGCGAUGGCGCCAUCAGUGUCGAGGAGUUCAGGCUCAUGGCCCAGCUGCUCUAGCUUACUAUCCACUCCGUAGGCUCUACCAAACAUACAACUUUGCAAGAAGCUACGCGUUGUUGGAGAAUACUUGAUGAUGGUUUUAGCAAUAAGAGAUCGAGUUUAUCAACUCUGAACUCUGAAUUUUGAAUUCGAACUCUGAACUGAGCACAGCUGAAGCUUUGAUCCUAUCAGAAACCCAGGAAGUGAUAAUGAUUCUCCUCAA